CCUCCUCAUCCCAUCUUCCAACUCCUUCAUCCGCAUCUCAUCCCAUCAUCAUCCUCAUCAUCAUCAGCAUCGUCACAGCCAAACCGUCACCAUGCGGUUGUCCACCUCCGCCCUCGUGCUGGGCGCCGCCUCCUCGGCCAUGGCCUUCCAGGACCAAAAGGUCCUCAGCGACCCCUCGUCCAAGCCGGCGGUCAAGUUCGGCUCCGACUUCGAGUCGCUGGCCUCGUCCCUCAAGGAGUCGUUUGGCGAGCUGACGGCCGACGCAAAGGCCGUCUGGGACGAGGUCGCCAUGCUGGCCCCCGACGCCAUGGCGGCCUUCAAGGAGCAGGUCAAGGGCAUCAAGCCCAAGAAGCACGACCGCAAGCCCGACGGCGACUGGGACCACGUCGUCAAGGGCGCCGACGUCCAGAAGCUGUGGGUGGAGGACGAGUCGGGCGAGCCGCGCCGGCUGGUCGGCGGCAAGCUGUCCAACUACAGCCUGCGGGCCAAGAAGGUCAAUCCCGAGAAGCUCGGCGUCGACAAGGUGAAGCAGUUUAGCGGAUACCUUGAUGACGACGAGAAGGACAAGCACUUGUUCUACUGGUUCUUCGAGUCCCGUAACGACCCCAAGAACGACCCCGUCAUCCUGUGGCUCAACGGUGGCCCAGGCUGCUCCUCCCUCACCGGUCUCUUCUUCGAGCUGGGACCGGCCUCCAUCAACAAGAAGAUUGAGGUUGUUCACAACCCUCACGCAUGGAACAACAACGCUUCCGUCAUCUUCCUCGACCAGCCGGUCAACGUCGGCUACUCGUAUGGUAGCGGCUCGGUCAGCGACACUGUUGCUGCCGGCAAGGACGUUUACGCUCUCAUGACCCUCUUCUUCCACCAGUUCCCUGAGUACUCCCACCAGGACUUCCACAUUGCCGGAGAGUCGUAUGGCGGACACUACGUCCCCACUUUUGCCUCCGAGAUCCUCUCCCACAAGGACCGCAACAUCAACCUCAAGAGCAUUGCCGUCGGCAAUGGCUUGACCGAUGAGUUCACCCAGUAUGCCUACUACCGCCCCAUGGCCUGCGGCGAGGGUGGCUACCCUGCCGUGCUGAGCGAGAGCCAGUGCAACGCCAUGGACAACGCCCUGCCCCGCUGCCAGAGCCUCAUCAAGAACUGCUACGACUCUGAGAGCGCGUGGCUCUGCGUCCCCGCUGCCAUCUACUGCAACAACGCCUUCAUUGGACCGUACCAGCAGACCGGCUACAACCCCUACGACAUCCGCUCCAAGUGCGAGGACUCCGGCAACCUGUGCUAUGAGGGUCUCGGCUACAUCUCCGAGUACCUGAACAAGCCCGAGGUCAUGGAGGCUCUGGGUGCCGAGGUCUCCAGCUACGAGAGCUGCAACUUCCAGAUCAACCGUGACUUUUUGAUGCGUGGUGACUGGAUGAAGCCCAUCUACCGCCUCGUCCCCGACCUCUUGAAGCAGAUUCCUGUCCUCAUCUACGCCGGUGACGCCGACUUUAUCUGCAACUGGCUCGGCAACAAGGCCUGGGUCACUCAGCUCGAGUGGGAGCACGGUGACAGCUUCCGCUCCGCCGAGGCCAAGGAUCUUACCGUUGGCGACAAGACGUACGGCAACGUCCUGUCCUCGCACAACCUCACCUGGAUCCAGGUGUACGGCGCCGGCCACAUGACGCCCACGGACGAGCCCGAGGGCAGCAUCAACUUUAUCAACCGCUGGAUCGCCGGCGAGUGGGUUGCCAAAUAAAUGGCUGUCAUGAUGUUAAAGAUAUCCAAAGACUGUAUGUUUGUUUUUUGGCUAGUCGCACAGGAAAUGAUAUAUGAGCGCGACCUGAAUGCUUGUGUUUUG